GUCCUUCAAGUUGGGAUACUUUUGAAUCACUGUCACUGGCAUUAUUUCAUUCAUCUCUCUCAGGGGAGCAUUUCAGAUCGCUCAUCUAUCUCACCGUAUUUUUUUACAAUUCCAAAUAUGGGUUUGCGUUGAUUUGUUUUCUUGUCUCUUUAUUUGUUUGGGUAGAGGAGACUUGAGAAAAAGGGGGAUACAACGUGCUACCUUUCUGAUUACCGUGAACAUACAUAUCCUUGUGUGAAACAGGGACCACAGAGAUCUGUCUUUUGGAUUGUUCUUUUGCUUUUACUUCUUUUAUUGAUUAAUUCGCUUCAUCAUUGUCCUAUAGAUUAGAAGCCUUUUGCAAAGCAAAUUCAUCCUAUGUUACCCUUCUUUAUGAACAUCCAUAUCAAAUUCUUGCUAAUUUUUCCUCGUCCUUCGUAGACUCAACUUCGAAACGCUUUUGAGGGUAUUUUCGCGAAAUGCUGACCUUCUUGCUUACAACUUUUGUCUGCCAUGAUUGUCAGGGAGGCACCCCACUUUCCUCCGCCCUUUUUCCCCUUGUGGACGGUUUGCAUUUAAACAACUAUGGAAAAUUUUUAAUUCUAAUUUUUUGAAAAAAAAAUCCAUUUUCUGUUUUUAGAAAUGAUCAUAUACUCAAAAGUUCCAGAAUUUACUGCUUUUUACUCUGUUCUGAUUUUCAUAUAUUGAAAAUGCAGUUGAUUAUGUGAAAGAUGCUCAAAUCCUACUCCUAUUAUGCUAUUUGGUCAAUUUUCUUCUCUAUUUCUAGGGACUUCCUUUUCAAGUUGUGGUGGCGAAACAUUUUUCUGGGUAUAGAGGCCAACAUAUUUGGGGAUUUUCAUGCCUUUCAUCACAGGAUGUGUGACUCUUCAGUUACGCAAUCUUCCUUGAGCCAAAGGGAUUCUACUUCCAAAAUUUUCCGGCCUGGCUUGACUUUUGUUGAUUCAGAAACUCAGUUGGAUCUUGUUGAUGAACUUAGGAGCAAUGACUCUCCAUUAGAGGUCAGUACUAACGGGCUUUUUCAUUUUCCCUUGGGGUGGCUGGAUGGGGGAAGGGUUGCAUUGGAUUCUUGGCUUCUAUUGACAAAGACAGAAGACCAAAAGGUGAACAAUAUUAUUGAUGGGGCUGGAAGUUUUGGAUCAAGCAUUACAAGCAAUAAUUCUUUUCCUUACAGAAUCCAACUAGAACACGAUGUGCAAAGAUUGCAACAGCAGUUGCAAGAAGAGAUGGCAACACAUGCUAUUUUGGAAGAUGCUAUUGGAAAAAAAGCUGUAAAAUUAUCUUGUCCAUCUUGCCUCUCACAACAUGCUCAAGACGUUCUAUCCACUAUUGCUGUACUGGAAGUCACAGUUCUAAAACUUGAGCAAGAAAUUGUCUCUUUGCAUUUCCAACUUAGUCAAGAGAGAAAUGAGCGGAGGCUUGCUGAAUAUCGUUUGAGGCAUUCAACGUCUCAGUCCAUAUCUGUUUGCUCCUCUGCAAAUUUGAAAGCAGUGAUUUCAUCUUCUUUGAGGCAUUCAAAGCAUUUCAAUUGUGCACUGCAUCACUCUGACAAUAUCUCAUGUGAAGAACACCUUUUAGAAUCUACCAGUGAAAAACCUUGUACAGAGUCAGUGAUGGAGCAUGCAGUGAAGUCAACUGCACCACUUCAGGAGAAUAUAUCUGUUAAGAUGGAUACUGAACCUACUCAAUCUGUAAAGCUCAAGAACCUUUCAAAAGGAAUGCCACCUAAGGGCCUUUGGGAUUACCCUAAUCAACUUUCAGAGGAAAUGGUAAGAUGUAUGCAAAAUAUAUUCAUGUCUCUGGCAGAUUCUACUUUGCCAUCCAAGUCAUCUGCAAUGGAAAGCCAAUCCUUAUCUGUGUCACCACGAGGACAUUUUUCCAAUUCAUCGUGGUGGUCAUCUUCUGAGCGCUCAGUGAUUUCAUCGUGGGUGCAGAGCCCCCAAGUUGAUAUACAGAGUAAUUCUGAAGUUUUGGCUUCAGAGAAUGUCUUUGAUCCUUAUAGAUUGCAUGGAAAGUUGAGUUGGGCAGACAUUGGAAACUAUGGUUUGGCAACCGAAGUUUCUUGGAUGUCAGUUGGGAAGAAGCAAUUAGAGUAUGCCUCGGGUGCAUUAAGGAGGUUCAGGACUCUUAUUGAGCAACUGGCCAAAGUGAACCCUAUCCACUUGGCAUGCAAUGAGAAGCUUGCAUUUUGGAUCAAUUUGUACAAUGCACUGAUAAUGCAUGCAUACUUGGCAUAUGGAAUUCCAAGAAGUGACUUGAAGCUCUUCUCAUUGAUGCAAAAGGCUGCAUACACCGUUGGGGGGCAUUCUUUUAGUGCAGCUGCCAUUGAGUAUGUAAUAUUGAAGAUGAAACCACCUCUCCAUAGGCCACAAAUCGCUUUGCUUCUUGCCCUUCACAGGCUGAAGGUAUCAGGGGAACAACGAAAGUCUGCAAUAGAUACACAUGAACCGCUUGUAGCAUUUGCUCUUAGCUGUGGAAUGUAUUCGUCCCCUGCGGUAAGAGUUUACACUGCUAAGAAUGUAAUGGAGGAGCUUCAAGAAGCCCAGCAUGACUUCAUAAGAGCUUCAGUUGGAGUUAGCAAUAAAGGGAAGUUAUUGGUGCCAAAAAUGCUACACUGUUUUGCCAAAGGUUUUGUUGAUGACUCGAAUUUGGCUGUUUGGAUAUCACAUUACCUUCCAUCCAGUCAAGCUGCCUUGGUUGAGCAUUGCAUUUCACAGAGGCGGCAAAACCUGCUUGGUUCUCACAAUUGUGGCAUUCUUCCAUUUGAUUCUCGUUUCCGUUACCUUUUCAUGCCUGAGAAAAUUUCAGUUUGAUGAUGCGUGUUUAUACUAACUUUGACUGGCAAAGUGACUUGACUGGACCUGGAAAGCUCAAUUCAAAAUUCAUGUGAUUUAGGUUUAGCCUCCCUGAAAUGAUGAAGAUGGUGGCAGUUUUGGUCUUUAGCCUGUAGACCUGUACAUUUUGUUCUAGGUUAGCGUUUGUUGCUGAUUUAUUGUGAUGCAGGGCAGAAUUGUAGAUGUAUAAUAAAAGUUGCAAUAAUUUGCUUUGCCAAA